GCCCCGCGCCGCGCAGCCCCGCACCGGGGGGAGCGGCCACCCGUGCCCUUCCGCUUCCAGCGGAAGAGGCGAUGGCGGCCGCGCGGCUGCUGGUGGCGGCGCUGGGCGCGGCGCUGGGUCUUUUCGUCUCGGCCGGCAAGAUGAAGAUCGUGGAGGAGCCGAACACGUUCGGGUUGAAUAACCCAUUCUUGCCUCAAACAAAUAGGCUGCAGCCGAAGAUGUCCCCAUCUGCAAUAUCAGGCCCUGCGCAUCUCUUUAGGCUUGCUGGCAAGUGUUUCAGUUUUGUGGAAUCCACGUACAAGUAUGAGUUUUGUCCUUUCCACAAUGUCACUCAGCAUGAGCAGACUUUUCGAUGGAAUGCUUACAGUGGGAUUUUAGGGAUCUGGCAUGAAUGGGAAAUUGACAACAACACCUUUGUUGGAAUGUGGAUGAGGGAAGGAGACUCAUGUGAGACUAAGAGCAGACAGACAAAGGUUCAUCUUGUUUGCGGAAAGAGCAACAAAUUGGCUUAUGUGUCUGAACCUAGUACUUGUGUUUACUCUCUGACAUUUGAGACUCCUCUUGUGUGCCAUCCCCACUCUCUUUUAGUUUAUCCAACUCUGCCUGAAGCACUACAGACAAAGUGGGAUGAAGCAGAGCAGUUCCUGUAUGAUGAACUAAUAACUGAUCAGGGAUACAAAAAAAUACUGAAAGAGAUUUUUGAGGAAGCAGGACUUCUAAAAGCAACAGAAGAAAAGGAAGUUGAGAAACAGAAUAAGAAAAUAAGUCUGGAAUUUGAAACAGUGGAGAAGUGCAGUAAGGAGUACAAGCAACUUUCUAAAGAAAUAAAAAAACUUCAGGAUUUAUUAAGUCAGCAUGGUAUUGCAUACAAAGGAAAUUCUGUACUUAAGGUGCCAAAGAAAAAGGAAAUCAGUGUUGCAGCAUUUGUAGGACAUAAACAUCUUCUAAGUAACUCUGCUUUCUGCAUAGCCAGCCACACAGCCUGACUUCUUCAAGAACACUUGAAAUGUUCUCCGUAUCUGUUUGAAUUGUUUCUAUCCUUUCUAGUCACCAUUUUUUUCCUGUCUUUCAUUUCUAUUAGGUAAGUACCAUAUCACGUGCAGUUUUUAGAAGGAAAGACUGUUUGGCUGUGGCUAUGAAGAAGCAAAGCUUAUCUGGAUUUCUUCCAGACAAUAUGUUUUUUGGUUUUGUUGUUGUUGAGGCUUUUUUGUGUGUCCUCCCGCUGCUCCUUCCUUCCAGUCCAUUGUACCCGUUAUUACAUGAACUAUCUGUCUAAGGAGGAUUUAAUUUCCUGAAUAUAUGUUUACACCUUUUAUGUUCAGAAUUGGCACCUCAUGAAAACAAUGAACCUUCAAGCUAAUUAAAUUAGCUUAAAAUUAGUGACAUACUUAAUUUUCCCGUCUUUUUGUUUUGAGAAACUUUGGGUUUUUUUAAAUCUGUGACUUUCUUUUCUAGGGAAAACAUAUCAGAAUUUUUGUAAAACAUUUUAUCUGCAUGUUUAAACUAUUAACUAUGUAACUUGUACAGUGUUUCUGCCUGUUUGGUAGUUCAUUUAGUUAUUGCAGAUUAGAACUGUAUAAUCAAAACCAGAAUUUCCAGUUUACUCUAGAUUACUUAUUUCAAAGGUAUUUAGUGAAUUCUGUGACAAAAAUGUUUUGGUGUUCAAAAACACAAAUAAUGAAUGCCUUAAACUCUGU